UCACCCCUGUCGUUCUGAUCUAGAAUUGUAACCUUGGAAGUCUGAAUUGUGAGUGAAUAGGGAUUCUUACGAUCUUUGUUAAAAAUGUCAGGUGCUUUUUGGUGUUUGGUCUGUGAGCCAGGAAAUAAGUAUUCGCAAACCGUCGAGGAGGGUUUUAACAUAUGCUCGGCAGCACUAGGUGCUGACGCUGAAGCAGGUAGUACUACUUUAUACGCACGAGUAGAGGAUGAUGAAGUGGCGCUCUGUACCCUGAACAAAGAUAAAUGGCCACAGUAUCCUUUGACCAUCCCAUUCGCCACUGGCACCGAGUUGUGCUUUUUUGUCAAGGGGAAGAAUCGAAUCUAUUUGACUGGUUUCACAGAUGGUGAGGAGGAGAAUGAUGACGAGGAGAUCGACCCUAGUAUGUAUGAUCCCCGUAUGAUACAGGCUAUGAAAGAACAAGGUUUAAUCCCGAAUUCAGAAGAUGAAGAUGAUAGCGGUUCUGAUGGAGGCUCAGACGAUUCUGAGUUGAUGGCUGAAUUACUUGGCGGCUCGUCUGAGUCGGAUGAUGCAACAAAAGUGGUAGAGAUUCCGGCUGAGAAGAAGCUGCCAACCAAGCGCGUAGCUGAGGAGCAGACUGCUAAAGCGGUUGCCAAGAAGGUGAAGAAGGAAAAAGAGGCUCCUAAAGCCUUGAAAGAGGCAGUGAAGCCCAAAGAGCAGCCAUCCAAGAAGCCUAAGCAGACGAAAUUGGCCAGCGGGACAAUCGUAGAGGAUGUGAAGGUUGGCACUGGGGCGAUGGCUAAAAAAGGAAAGAACGUUGGUAUGCGUUACGUGGGUCGUCUUGCCAGCAACAACAAAGUAUUCGAUCAAAAUACUGGCGGUAAACCUUUCCGUUUUCGACUAGGUGCAGGAGAAGUUAUUAAAGGUUGGGAUCAGGGUCUCGAGGGUAUGCAGGUCGGAGGUAAGAGGAUUCUCAGAAUCCCACCAUCCUCCGGCUAUGGAGCACGUGGAGCUCCCCCAACAAUCCCUGGCAACAGCACUCUGCUUUUUGAGUGUGAGCUUGUUUACGUGAAGUAGAUUUUUUUUGGUGCUGGGUGUCAGCGGAGUGGGUAAUAAAAGUUGUACAUAGUCGAAAGGGCAACGGUUGUUUCGAUUGUUUACUACCUGGUGUUG